ACGCAAUCUCUUCAUUACAGACAAUUGGUUAUAGUUGCCAAUACCGUAGACCGCUUAUUUUAUAUAUAUAUAACAUGGUUAUUUAUUGAAAUGAACCACCUCUGUUUCGCAACAAUGGAAACACGUUGCUUUCUAUUUAUUUUACUCUUUACCGGCGUCACAUCUCGAUGUAUAGACAAGGGAAUCGUUCGUUCGAACAACUCAACUUGGUCAAUUGAUUCCUGCACAGCUUGUAGAUGUACUGACAAUAUCAUUGAAUGCAAAACAACUCAAUGUAAAGAUCCUCUCUGUGAUGAACACACGGGAGAAGCAUUAGUGGUCCCAGCCAACCAAUGCUGUCCAACAUGUACUGCAACUCAUAAGAGACAUUGUACAAUAAACGGGACUAUAGUUGCUCACAACACACAGUGGAAGGGACCUAAUUGUACAGAAUGUAGAUGUCUUGAUGGUGCUACUAUGUGCACAAAGACACGUUGCACAGUUGUGCCUUGUGGUUACGGGCAAGUGCUGAAACAUCUGCCUGGUGAAUGCUGCAGGAAAUGUGUCAGCAUUGAAGAAUCGUGUCAUUUUGAAGGGAAGGUUUACAGAGAUGAUGUCUCUUGGUCAAUAUCAAAAUGUGAAAGAGCUUAUUGCUCUGAAGGUGAAGUGAUACGUUACAUAGCAGAUUGUGAUCCAAUAAUAUGUGGAGGGGGUGAAACAGCCGUUGUAUUAGAGGGUGAUUGUUGUCCAACCUGUGUUGGAAGGUCGUGUAUUUUUGAGAGCCAGGAGUAUUCCUCUGGGCAACAGUUUAGAAUAGACGCAUGUCGACAAUGUGUUUGCAACGCUGGUGAGGUUACUUGUCGGCAGCAACAAUGUGAUGAAGCAUCAUGUCCACAAGGUCAACGAAAGGUCACCAGGGAAGGCAGUUGUUGUCCAGAAUGUGUCUCAAUUCAAGACCAUUGUGACUACCACGGUGAACGUUUCUAUGAUGGAGAUUUACGUAAUGUAUCAUCGUGUGAAGUUGCAUUUUGUACGCGAGGAAACUUGCGAUCGCUUCCCUUACAAUGCUCCCCCAUCUCAUGUCAAUGGAAUGAGAGACUUGUCCAUACAUCAUGUUGUCCUGAAUGCGUCCCUGUACCCCCUGUAUGCUACCACGACGGUGUGAACUAUAGAGAUGGAGAUGUAUGGAGAGUUGGGAAGUGUACCAGAUGUGAAUGCAACCGAGGUGUUACUCAAUGUUUCGAAGCAAGCUGUCCAACUUGCCCAACUAACAGUGUACCUGUAUUGUUACCUGGUGAAUGUUGCCCCGAUUGCCAACUAAUAACCUGCCACACUGAUUGUGCAACUUGUGAUGCACCAGGGUACGCGCAUUGCACGUCGUGCCCCUCGGCGCGUUUGCUUCAAGAUGGGAAAUGUGUCAGGAAAUGUCAGAAUGGUUUCUACCAAGAUGGAAGGCUUUGUAAACGGUGUCACACAUCAUGCUCAACAUGCACGGCCAGCACACAGGCAGCGUGCACAAGUUGCACGCAAGGUUCAUUGCUUCAAGAUGGUGUGUGUGUACGAGCAUGUGAUGUUGGGUUUUAUAGAUCCAAAUCUACCUGCACUGCGUGCCCAAGUGACUGCAGUAGCUGCACCAACGCAACGUCAUGCACACAAUGUAUCGAUCGUACAAAACUUCCACAAGGGGGAGUAUGUGUGCAAACAUGUUCCGAUGGAUUCUUCUUCUCCAACCUCACCUGUCAACGUUGCCACCCCUCAUGUGCAACUUGCUAUACUAAUACAUCAUGUUUGACGUGCCCACCAUCAAAACUACUUGAAAAUAAGUUAUGUGUGUCGCAAUGUAAUGAUGGGUACUUUCAAUUGUCAAUCACCAGAUGCGCAAGUUGCCACCCAUCUUGCCUCACAUGCAGAAGGUCGACCUCAUCAAGUUGUUCAUCAUGCAAACAUGGGACAUAUCUUCACCAAGGGAAGUGUGUGGAUCGAUGUCCAGGGAGAUAUUAUGUUAAACAUGGAAGAUGCAGAGAAUGUCACUCAAGCUGUCGAUCAUGUGUUGGUGGUUCAGCCCAUCACUGCACGGUAUGUUCAACCCAAAGUGAUGUCAUAGAGACCAUUCGUGACAGGGACAAUGGUGUUUGUGUUUCACAAUGCGAAGAAGGAAGAUAUUUAGAUGGAAACUUGUGUAAACCCUGCCAUGAUAGUUGUUCCAGUUGUGUGAAUGGAACUGAAUGCAAGUCAUGCAAACGUGGAACCGAUGUAUUGGUAAUCAUGGAAAACAAACAAAAGCAAUGUGUGUCCCAAUCUGAAUGCAGAAGUAUGGGAUUCAGAGUGGAUUCUUUGUUAUGUCAUAAUGGAACAAGUACGUUGUCACAUUGUGAUGUCAUAGAAAGAAAAUUGAUGAAUGGACGAUGUGUAAAAAGUUGCUCAACUGGAUUUUAUGAAAAAACUUUACAAAGUGGGUCAAUUUGCUUGGCUUGUGGUGAUGGAUGUGACAGCUGUCAAUCAAUCAAUCAUUGUGACAGUUGUCAACAAGGGAUGUAUCUAUCCCCUUUAUCUAACACUUGUGUGGCUGAUUGUGGAAUUGGACGUUACCAGUCAAGUGAAGGUACUUGUGAGUUGUGUCCACCAUCAUGUCUAACUUGCACCUUGUCCACAUUUUCCUCCCAACCAACAUGCACAUCAUGUAAAGAUGCAGAUCUCGUCCUACAGUCUGGUCAGUGCGUUGCGUUCUGUAUUCAACAACAUUACACGGAUGAAAAACUUGGCAUUCAUGGAACUCCUGUGUGCCGCGAAUGUGACUUCAGUUGCACAAGAUGUUCGGGUCCAAGUCCCCACCAUUGUUUACAAUGCCCUCCUGAUUAUCUGCUGUAUAACGGUACAUGCUUGGACCGUUGUUUACCAGGUACUUUCCUGGCAAGAGAUAGUUGUUGGCCAUGCAACGAUGAAAAUUGCCUCUAUUGUGCAAAUCAGGUCAGCUGUUCACAUUGCCGCAAACCAUUCGUGUUAUAUGAUGGUUAUUGUAGACCUUCAUGUCCCCGUGGAACCCCUGCACGUGAUGGGGCAUGUAUAAGGUGUUCACGUAAUUGUAUGCGAUGCCAAACUUCUGAUACAUGUGAUCAGUGUGACCAAUCUACAUACCUCAUGCCACAGUUGGAUAAUCAUGGCGCAGCCGGAAGACAAAGAAGGAAUGAAAUUUGUGUAAAAAGCUGUGGGCGUGGAUACUUUGGCAACAAACACACAAGAAUAUGUGAGAUGAACAGAGAUCAUCCUAUGAUUAACAUACAAGGUCAGUUAUUGGUCGGUAUUGGAUCCCGUGCACCAAUUAACAUGAUACAAGUUCAUGACCGUGAUACUGAUCCUGCUAACGUGAAUAUUGAGAUCAUGAUGCUGCCAGCUAAUGGAAGGAUAGAACUUGAUGGGAACCCGGUUUUCCUUGGCGACAACAUACCGUACCACAAGAUGGAGCAAGGUGCAAUGUGGUUUGUCCACGACUCUGCUCAAGAGCGCCACGGUGUGGCCACUUUUCGAGCAAACGAUCGUCAACUUGUAUCAGACGAGGCUUCACUUGAGGUCGCUGUUGUGUCAAAAAUUCCACCGGUUGUUACCAAAGUUGACACGCUAGUUGUCAGCGUUGGACAAUCCUCCAAGAUUACCCCAACAUCGUGUUUUGAUGUAAGAGAUGACGAUAAUGCUGAUGAUGUCACAAUAAGCAUUAUUGACUCACCCAAAUAUGGACAUUUGAGUAAACUUCCUAAUUAUGAUGUAACAAUCACAAGUUUCAAGAUUCCCGAUCUCCGUAGAGGAGUAAUCAUCUUCACUGCUCAGAGCAAUCUCACGACUUCCAACAUCACUCAUGAUAAGAUCACAUUACAAAUCAAUGAUGGUUAUUACAUCAUCAAUCAAGUCAUUGAUGUCAACAUAAUGUCAAGUGAUGAGUUGGACCCGAUGUUGGUAACGAACACCGGCACACGAGUACGCACAGGUGGUAUGACACGUAUAACCAACCAACAGUUACAAACUGUGGCUCUUGAUGUCAAAGAUAAAUCUAAGAUUGUUUACAUUAUUGAACCUGGGAAACAUACUAAUCGAUCCGGUGAAUUAAUAAUGAUGAUACCAACUUUAUCCGAUGCCCCGGUCAACUACAGAUGGAUUCGUGACACAGAGGGUCACUUCAGGUCACCCCCAAUCACCCGCUUCACCCAACAUGAUAUUGAUACUGGUAGGGUGUGGUAUCAAGACUAUGGUGGCAAUUAUCAAAGGAAUCGUCCACAAGCCCUUGAUUUUGAGGUCUUCAAUGAAAAUCGUCACCCAGCAGCCCCCAUUACUAACACAAGGUUCCAAGUGACAAGGAUAAGACCCAACAUUGAAUCUCCUCACUUGGCACGAGGAGUUACAUCCCCUCCCCAGAUGUCGGCUAACGAUGGUCGUAUUACUGUCCUACAUAGUGGUUACCUGCAUUACACCGAUGAUGAUACUUCAGAUAGGAAUAUUCUGUACAACAUUACAAGGUCUCUCCCAUCCUCGUUUGGAACAAUCGAGCACGCGGACCAUCCUUACGUUCCAAUCACCCUGUUCAGUCAAUCCGACAUCGACUCCAACAAGAUCAUGUAUCGGCCCCCACUGGGUGGGGUUCGAUCAGUGGAGCACAACACGGUUGACCGCACACAUAAGUACGGACGCUACCAUGCACUAACUGCUCCUAGUAGGAUGGGCUCCCCACGUGUUGACUUUGAGUUUACUGUGAGCGAUGGAAUGCACAUCCUACCCCCUGUCAACUUUACCAUUCGCUUAACAUCUGGCACCACUGCCCCGCCCACUUUUUCCAACCAAUACCCAACUCUUGAUGUAGUGGAAGGAGGCGUGGCAGCUAUUGGAGAGCAGCAACUGUCGGUCAAUGAUCCAGAUACUUUGCCACAAGAUCUUAUUUUCACACUGGUUAAACUUCCGCGCCAUGGUACUGUGAUUAGAAACGACUUUGGGACAGAAGUCCGUGAAGGAGACACUUUUUCUUCAUUUGAUGUUGAAUAUAAUAACUUGCAUUAUAUACACAAUGGAGAUGGUUACUCAGACACAGACCAACUACAAGUUAGUGUAACGGAUGUUACGCACACCAUCACCAAAGUUAUUCAGAUCUCAAUCUUACGUAGUAUGGGCCCAACCAUGGACACAUAUUGUGAGUUGACCCUCGUUGUAUCAGAAACAAGUGAAGUCACUUUAUCAAGGGAGAACCUUGCUUAUGUUGAACAAGGAACUCCUGAAAACCAGAUUGUCUAUCAUGUGGAAGCAACCCCAAGACAUGGGUUGUUGUUUAAAUCAUCAGAAGCUCUCAUUCCUGGAGCAACAUUUACACAAGAAGAUAUCACAAGAUCAAGGAUCAGGUACCACAACUCGGGAGAGACAACCACCCAACCACUGACAGACACCUUACAUUUUUAUGUAACUGGUGCUACUGGUAAACAACUUCUUGAUCAAGUGUUAACAAUCACCAUCACACCAGGUGUUGAUCAACCACCUGUGGUGUCUGUGGGAAGCUAUCUGAUAGUGAAUGGCGGUGAAGAGAAGUUGAUAUCACCGGGCAAUAUUAUGGCUACAGAUCCUGACACAGCAAAACGUGAUCUUAUAAUUAAUGUUGUUCAGAAACCUCGUUAUGGGAAAAUACUCAACACAAUAAGUGAAGAGAGAUUAAUGAGUCACAGCGCAGAGGAUGUCUGGUUCACCAUGCAAGACAUACUGGAUGGUGGGAUCUAUUACAAACCAUCAAAACAACGAUAUUUACGAGCAGUCGAAGAUUAUUUUACAUUCAGAGUCACAGAUGGUGAAAAUACUUCAAACAAAUUUCGCCUCAACAUUACUAUACAAACUGUUGCGAACGAGCAACCGCAAGUUGAAACAAGAACUUUACUUUGCCGGGAGGGACAAGCUGUUGUCAUUAAUACUGAAUCACUGGAUGUCAAUGACCCCGAUACUCCUCGUGACCAAAUAACCAUCACUAUGACAUCACAACUGCUGCAUGGAAAGUUGAUAAAAUCUCCUGAGAGCUUACCACACAGUGUAGAUGGGAUGGACUUUAACAAUAUGGAAGAUAAAGAAAUGUUGGACGACUCAGAAUCAUUUGAACUUGAAGUUGGUUCAACUUUCACUUAUCAAGAUAUCAUUGAUCGUAAGAUUUGUUACGAAAGUUUGUUUGAGGAAGAAGUUUCGAGAAGGAAACGAGAUUCAUUCCAAUUCAUGGUUUCUGACGGUAGCAGUAGAAGGAAUGGAGAACUCUUUGUUGAGAUUGAACCUGAAUUGGAGGAAAGCGUGGAAAAUGAUAAUUCAUUCACUGAAGCUGAGUUCUACAUGUUAGAUGCUGAUGAAGGUCUUGCAGGGAACUCUUAUGUAGUGGAAGCCAAUGAAGGAUUGAGCGUGGAAAAAGGUUCUGUGACACCGAUAACAAGAUCGCAGUUAAGGAUAACGUCAAGCAACGAGCAAGUGGUGUCUUAUGCUGUGACAAGGGAUCCAAAUGUUGGAAGGCUUCAACUUAUGAAGAGACAUCAAGUUACAAAUCUAACUGCAGAUGGAAACAACCAUUUCAAUCAAGAAGAUAUUGAUAUGGGUUACCUUCAGUACAAUCACUCAGUGUUAGAAGGAGGUGGGGAUGUUUUCUUCAUGUUUGAUGUGGUUGGGGGUUAUGUGGAUCUUCACUUUAACAUCCAUAUCAACGAGGAUACUUCUCCUCCCAGGAUCCUUGUUAAUAAUGGUUUAACUUUAAAGGAAGGAGGGAAGAAGAAAAUCACGACUCGGCAAUUAUCAGCAACCGAUGAUUCAGGACAUUUAGUUUACAACGUCAUUAAGUCACCCAAGCUUGGCCGGCUUCAACUUUCAACUCAACCUGGCGAGAGCAUUAUCCAAUUCAAUCAAGACAACCUCGUAGCAGGCAUCGUUCAAUACGUGCACACUAGCGACACCGAGAGGACAGAUGAUGAAGUUCGUUUUUCAAUAACCGACGGAACAAACUCGAUCGUUCAAACCUUCCAUAUCAGCGUCCUCCCGAUUGAUAAUUCCCUCCCAAUCCUCGAGAACCACGGGAUUCGUGUCCAGGAAGGAGUCCGGAAGACGAUCACUGAGUUUGAAUUGAAAGCAACCGAUAAAGACACAAAUGAUCAAUUGAUCACUUUCCGUAUUGUGGAUUCACCACAACAUGGCGCUGUGGAGCGCACCAACUCUGGUCGUCGUUAUGUUCCAGUUGAAUCGUUUACAAUGGAUGAUAUCUAUGAGAGCAGAAUAAGUUACAACCAUGAUGGGACAAACUCUGUUACUGACAGCUUCUCCAUUGUGGUAAUGGAUGGAACAAAUGAUCAUUUUAAAAUAAGAGAAGAAGAUGAUUUAAUUACAACAAACCAGGAACAGGUGUUUAGGAUAGAAAUCGUUCCAGUUGAUGACGGAACACCUCGUCUCAUCACAAACCUUGGUUUAAAUCAUCUCGAGUUUAGAGACGGCCAGGCGAUUGGGGACAUUACCAGACAUUCAUUGCUCACAGAGGAUAUAGACACCGAUACAGACCUCAUUACGUACCAUAUUACCUCAACACCAAGACAUGGGCGUCUAGAAUCGACAAUCAAUUCAGGAAUUCAGAUUGACUCCUUUACACAAGCUGACAUAAACUCAGGUUUGAUUCGAUAUGUUUUGCUCGACCAAUCAAGCGGAACAACACGAGACUCGUUCAUGUUUAAUGUUCGAGAUUCACUUCCAAACGUGGUAACUGGAAACACCUUUAAUAUUAGAUGGAGCAUCAUCUCAUUUGAACAUUCAAAUUACACAGUAAAUGAAGAAGCUGGUCAGAUAGACAUUACAGUUGUCCGGAAAGGUAAUUUGAACCAAUACGCCAUCGUGUUGUGCCGAACUGAACAUGGAACUGCUACCUCAGCAAAUAUUGGUGGAUCAAGUGUUGGGCAGGUUGAUUAUAUUGAACAUGGUGGCCAGGUUCAAUUUGACGAACAUGAAUCUGAGAAAGUUUGCAGCGUUCAACUAAACGAUGACACGACGUAUGAAGGGAUGGAAAGUUUUACAGUUGAGCUCACAAUGCCAACUUAUGCAUUGCUUGGUGAUAUUACACGGACCUCAGUGUUUGUAACUGAUGAGUUAGACAAACCAACAUUGCAGUUUGUUGAAACACAAUACACAACUGAGGAGAGAGACAGCCAUGUUUAUAUUCCAAUCAAACGAACAGGUGAUGUGGACAAACCAGUGACCGUGAUCUGUUUCACUCAAUCAGUAACAGCAACAGGAUCAAGUCACGGAAGGAUCGAAUCGGGCUCCGAUUAUAAAAGUAGGGAGAGAAAUUCUGGCGAGAGUUUGGUGACUUUUGAACCAGGGGUUUCCACGGUAACGUGUGACAUAAAGAUCAUAGAUGACAGCGUGUAUGAACUAUCGGAAGAAUUCACCGUCCAUCUCGCUGGUGUGUCGGAUGGAGCACAAAUUGGAAACAGCGAUGUGGCAACAGUUACAAUCACGGGACCAAAUGAUGCUCCCAGCAUCUUCUUAACUAAUCGUAGAUUUGUUUUCCAAGAAAAUUCAGGAACGGUUGACAUCCCUGUACAUCGACAAGGCACAGAUUUGUCCCAGCCCACCGACGUAUGGUGUUCAACCAAAGAAAAUAACCCACCUUCUGCCAUUGCUGGCGAAGAUUUUGUGGCAACAUCAACAAAAAUAACUUUUCGUUCAGAAGAGACUGUCAAAAUAUGCAGCCUAACCAUCCUAGAUGAUCAACAGCGCCCUACAGUGGAAGGAAAUGAGACAUUUAUUGUUUUCCUUAACUCCGUCCAGAAGGCACAACUCAUCAAGCCCGAUGAAGCUGUUGUUGUAUUGAAUGAUACAAUUGAGGAUGUUCCGUUGAUGCAAUUCAUUGAGUCAUCUGUGGAGGUUGAAGAAACAUCAGGAGUUGUUUCGGUGAAGAUCCAACGCACGGGCGACAUCAGUAGCGGAACAUCAGUGAUCUGUUAUACUCGACAAAGCACGGCUGUUGUGGAAGAAGAUUUUGUUGAGCGUUCGCUGACUGAAACAUCGCGUGUUUAUUUCAAUCCCGGACAAACAGUUGCUUUUUGUAAUGUCACAAUAAUUGAUAAUGGAAUCUUUGAAUCAAGUGAACAAUUUCGUAUCAAGCUUGCUAGCGCCUCUGGUGACGAGUGGUACGGGGCAAGAGUAGGGGACCGAGAUCAGGUGUUGGUCACCAUUGUUAACAAUGAAGAUGCUCCGACCAUUGAGUUUGAACGAGCGGAAUAUUCAAUCCGAGAACCAGACUCCGUUGAAGCACGCCGACAAUUAUCAGUGACUGUUAUAAGAAGUGGAGAUGCAAGUGAAAUAAGUAAAGUUCGAUGCAGCACCAGAGAUGGCUCGGCAAAAUCCGGCUCCGAUUACGAACCAAAAAGUCGGAUGCUCAGAUUCCAACCCGGACAGACUAGGUUGACGUUUAAGGUAAACAUUCUGCCCAACAUCGACACCGAGUGGCAGGAAACUUUCCUCAUCGUGCUGGGACCUCACGAACCUGUGAAUGCGAUUCUUGGUAAAACUUCCCAAACAACAAUCACCAUCCUUGAUAAAGAUGCUGCUGGAAGUCUUGUCCUUCCAUCAACCCCUGUUGUUGUCUCAUUGCUUCACUAUGAUGAUGUGGCAGUUGGAUUAGAGACCCCACCCUCCCCAGGCUACCCCUUGAUAUGUGUGACCCCAUGUGAUCCCAAGUACCCCAACUAUGUUGACACACAAAGUUUGUGUGAGGAGGCCGCCAUUAAUUCAUCUGCUAUUAAGUUUAGUUGGGAGGUUGCCAUGCCAACAGAACAAGAAGGGGGUUCUCCUCCAUUCGAAACUGUGACAGACAGCACGCCGUUCACAAGCGUCAACACCAAAGUAUUGGACAGCAUUUAUUUUGGAAGAAGAUUCCAUAUACGUUGCGUCGCACAAGCAGUUGAUGAUGUCACACACACUGGGGGAACUCCCUUACGUAGUAACGUGGUAACCAUAGCAACCGACAGUGGGUUGUGUCAUAACCCGAUAGUGGCUGGGUCUGAAAGAGGAUUCCAAGCUCAAAGUUUUAUCGCAAACCUUCGAUACCUCCCGCCUACCGAUGAGGAACACCCAAACACUAUUCAUGUCUCGGUUAAGAUACCUCAUCAAGAUGGAAGGUUACCACUUAUUUCAACAAUGCCUAUAUCUAACUUGAGAUUGCUUCUAUCUCGUUCCAUCGAUAGACAACAACAUGUAUGUUCAAAUCUCAUGUAUUCUGACAAACAGAAUAAUUCAACAAGUGUGGAAGCAUUGAACGCGGGUAUUGGGACAAAUCUUGGUUUCAUCACCAAAACAGAUUUCUCCAAAUUAUCGUUAGGACCUGGGUAUGACAAGCCUUACCAAUUCGAUCCAAAUGUUCGUGAAUCAAAAUCAAUUGAUCUUUACAAGUUUCUUAACCUGAAAAGUUGCAUCUGGCAGUUUGAUACUUACUAUCAUAUGAAUGAACUCAUUGAUUUUUGUAAUGGACAGUUGGAACAAGAUUUUCAGAGAAGAGAUGCAGCCAUGUCACAAGUCACUGUCUCGGUUCCUUUAUACGUAUCAUAUGUAUAUGUGACGGCACCUCGUGGUUGGGGAGCGUUAGACCAUCAUACUGAGAUGCAAUUCUCAUUCCAAUACAGCAACGUAGUGUUCAGAGCAGGCAUUCAAACGGAUGGUGUGUUGAAGGGACGAGUUCAAAUACUUCGGUUGAAAUUACAAGAUGACGGGAAACUUGAGAUUCAAUUCAAGACUCACGGUUUGUUUCGAGGAUUAUUCGUCAAGAACCAUCGGACUUUACCUGAUCGGACAUCAAGAGUUGUCGCACCUACAGGGAUGAAUGUUGAGUUCACGCUUACCAACACUUGGAGUGAGAAUACAUUCGACUCACCUUAUCAACUAUGGAGAGCUGUCAGCACUUACAGUAGGAAGGACUACAGCGGUGAAUACACCAUAGAAAUCAUACCAUGCACGGUGUCGCAGACCAAAAAGUGGAGACCUACCCCACCAAGUGGAUUGCAAUGCACAGCUUAUUCACCAGUGAAAUUUAAGAUUCCCAUAAUGUUCCAACAAACCAACCGACCGGUACCUGUUGUUUAUACAUUGGAAACCAACUUCCAACUUUGUAACAAUGAUAAAGUGUUUAUGAUGAAUCCUGAAGAUUUCGACCGAGAGAUGACGGAAUAUGAUUAUACUGGUGCAUUUACUAAAGGUCAGACCAUAUUUGGUCGUGUGUUGUGGACUCCAUCACAAGAUUUGAAAAGUGCUUACAAGUUACAACUUGAGAAGGUUUAUCUUUGCACGGGAAGAGAUGGUUACAUUCCUAAGUUUGAUCCAACUGGAACUGUGUUUAAUAACGGACCUCAGUAUGGAUGUAUUGAACCAAGCAAACAUCUUAAACAUAGAUUCCUUAUAUUGGAUCGUUCGAAUCGCGAUUCAGAAGAUCGUUAUUUCCACGAUGUUCCAUUCGACGCUUAUUUCGCGGCCGAUAAACCAGAGUUUGCUUCAAUGACCGACAUCCCAGGUGUGGAUGGUUUCCUCAUCAAAGUGGAUUCGCUUUACAAAGUGGAGGCAGGCCACCAGUGGUAUAUGCAGGUUUUGUUCCAAAUCGGUCCCGAACAUUCGUUGCCCCGUGUUCGAAGGUCCGCCAUGUUGAAUAUGGGACGUCACAAUCGUUAUGUGGGACGUCACAAACGCAGCAGCCCAACCAAUGAAAAUAGCCUCACAAACGAGAUGUUGCACGCAGGUUGGCAUGAUGGACAGCGUAAUAAUGGGACGGACAUGAGAUUUAUUGUUCUUGAUGAAAAUCAACUCGACAGUGGACCAAACGUCGCUGUUAUUGCUGCUGUGUCGGUAGUAGGACUCGCUGUCGCCAUUUUCACGGCGACUUUCUGCUGUUGCGUCGUUAUGAGAAGGAGGAAAAGUUCAAAAGCGGAUAAUAUUGAAAUGAAAGUGAAAAAACUAAGUGUCGACUACGGGGAUUACCCCGCUUCGAGAAACAGUGACCCACAAUCAAGGAAUCUUUUGCAUUCAACACCGAACGUCAAACCAGUGGUUAGCAUAUACAACAAAACAAACUCUACAGCUCCACUUAUAUCUUCUAAGCAGAACAACGUUGUUGUUAAGCUGCCCAACUGUAAACAAAGAAAGCGGAACUUAGAUUUACAAAUCGUCAACAAUUUACGAGCUGACGGUGACGAGUCCGGCACAGAAGUUUAGUGUUUUAAUAUAUUCGGUCACGCCGGCGUUUCCCGCUCAAAGAGUAGAUUUUAGUUGGUGGAUUUUGACCGAUGACGAUUUUACGUCACAAGGAUGUUUUAUGACGUCGUCUCGUCUACCUCUGUCAAUCAAAUUCGUGUUUUCUAAAUAUGCAACGAGACGGGCUCAUUUGCCAGGAAUCCCCCGUUUCGAUAUCCACCUUUUACGUUUUAAUGACGAAGAUUUUUAUUGUUUCCGAACAUUCGCCUUUUGUUACGUCACGCAGCAUACACUUAUUCACUACUUCGUUUAACAAACGGUGGAAAGUUAGGCAAUUGUGCGUUUCGCCUCAUUUAGAGGUUAUUGUUUUCCCCCUCGCUGUUUUACCUGCUAAUUUUUUAACUGAUUUUACUUUGACACUUCUACGCGGUGUCUUCUGUGAAUAAAAUAUCGCAACGGAA